GUAGAAGAGAAGACUUUGGAUAGUUUGGGUACAGUUACACAAGAAGCCCAUGUAGGCAUAGAGGUAACGGGGUGACGUUUUCCAGGUCAGGGAAUGUCAGAGAUUGUCCACAAACUGCUAGAACCAGGACUGACAGGGAACUGAUUCCUUAGAAGCUUCUAAGGGAAGCGAGCCAGUGACACUUUGACCUUGGACCUCCAGCUUCCAGGACCAGGACUGUGAGACAUCUUUUUGUGUAAGGUGUCCAGCUCGUGUCACUUUAUUCAGGCACAGGAAAACCGUUCGCCACCCGCCACCUGGAUCCCCAGAAGUCCUGCCGAAUCCACUCUUCCCUCCAUUGCAGUAUUUAAGUGGGUGCAGACAUUUGAGUCCUGGCUCAUCCGUUUUCUGUUUGAGUUUGAGCAUUUAAUUAACCUCUCUGCGUCUCUGCUUCCCCUGAGAUGAGGGUGAAAGCCAGCGUUCCUGGUCUCAGGAGACCGGCAUGAGUUAAUAUUUGCAAACAGAGCAGCCCAGCGCUGCCCACUGGCCUGUGGAAGCCACCAGACAAGCGCCGGGACCCUUCUGUGGUGCAGAAGGGGAUCCCAGGGCACAGCCUGAGUCUGUCCACAGGAAGCUGUGUGCGACCUUCCGGUUCUGACAGCAGCGACUGAAAGGUCCUGUGACUUAGCCAGGGUCACAGCACCGGGACCGGGACCAAGAAGGCUCUUCCCGGCCCCACUUCAGGGUCCAUGGUUUAAAAAAAAAAAACCAACUAUGAAAAUGGGGACCGGAUGGACAGAGAGAUGCUGGUGUGGGGAGAGCUCUGAGACCACUGCUUAUUUUUCUGCUGUGCGUCCUGCAGGGGGCGCUGCGGGACGUUAGCGCCUGUCCCCCAGCUCCGCUCGGCCGGGCUCGACUAGACUUGACUCUCUUCGGCCAAUCUCGGAUUCUCUCGGCCAGACUCGCCUCUUUUCGGCUAUACUCGCCUCUGCUCUCGAUUUACAUGAGUUCUGGACCCUCAAAGACCUCCCUCGCGUACGAGCAGCUCCAGGCCGUUCCCUAGUAGCUUUGGGUUUCAGGGGUUUAGGGUUGCGGAGCUGCCCACACCCUUGGGGUCAGGAAGAGGGGAUCCUCCUGGGGCGGCAGGGAGCUCCGGAGUCUGGCCUGGGGCCCCGCGACUAGAGGAUAGGGCUCCUCGCUUUGCGGAGAGCGCUGGGGUGUGGAAGAGGCGGCAAGUGCACAGGGGUGGGGGGAGUCCGUCCCCCUCCCUCCCCCUAAUGGGGCGGGGGCUGAGGGUGCAGUGAAGUUAAGGUUAGAGAUGGGGUUACCCCUGGCACAGGCUGAGAGUGUGGGGCUCUCCCGGCAGGUGGCGCUCGCGUUUCCCUUUGUUUAGUUUUAAAAUUGGUGCUUGACCUUAAAAGAUUGGAUCUGUGACUGCCCGUCCCACUUUCCAUAGCUGACUCCUGGGUCCUCGCGUCACCGUCUUCAGGAGGAGGGAUGGUGUGUGUGGCUGGGAUCCUGGCCUUGGUAAUGUGACUCGGGCUGCCGAGCUGGGUGUUGGCUGUGCUGAUGGAGGUCGUGGCAGAAGGGUAGAGGGCAUCUUGGAACCCAAGGCUGAGGGGGAGCCGCGCUGAGCGGGUCAAUACGGAGCACCCCAUUGGCUGUCCACCAGCACACAGUCCUGGCAUCCUCCUGUUCAUCUGGCCCAGGGGCACCAGAGCUCAGAGGGGCCACCAUGGAGAUGACCAGCCCGCGUCUCCUCUGGGCAGCGCUGCUGCUACCUCUCGUGGUGUCUGGGGUCCCCGCAGAGGAGCCCACCUCUGGGGAAGUCGUGGACCCCAGCCUUCCCGGCGGCUGCCGACGGUGCUGUGACUCGGAGGACGGUGACUCGGAGGACGCACUGGCCCCGGCUGAUGCUUCGGUGGUGGCCCCUCCAUCCGCCCUGCCCUACAUCGUGCCCGAGGUCAGGCCCUACAUUAACAUCACCAUCCUGAAGGGUGACAAAGGAGACCGAGGCCUGCCUGGCACCCCAGGGAAGCUGGGCAAAGAGGGCUCCCGAGGGGACCGGGGCCCGCAGGGCAUCAAGGGUGCCAAGGGCCAGGCGGGCAGCCCGGGCAGCCCGUGUCGCACGCGCUCCUCGGCCUUCUCGGUGGGCCGCAAGGCGGCCCUGCACAGCAGCGAGGACUUCCAGCCGCUGCUCUUCGACACCGUCUUCGUGAACCCCGACGGGCACUUCGACAUGGCCGCCGGCCAGUUCGUGGCACCCCUGCGCGGCCUCUACUUCUUCAGCCUCAACGUGCACAGCUGGAACUUCAAGGAGACCUACGUGCACGUGGUGCACAACGGGGCGGCCGCCGUCAUCCUGUACGCGCAGCCCAGCGACCGCAGCAUCAUGCAGAGCCAGAGCGUGAUGCUGGCCCUGGCGCCCGGUGACCGCGUCUGGGUGCGGCUCUUCAAGCGGGAGCGUGAGAAUGCCGUGUACAGCGACGAUGUGGACACCUACAUCACCUUCAGCGGCCACCUCAUCAAGCCCGAGGAUGACUGAGCGCUGCUGGGCACCCGGGGGACUCAGGAGCCUCGCAGGCUGGCCUGGCCCCCUGGCAGGUGGGGACCGCCCAGCGCCAAGUCCCCGGUCGGCUUCUGCCCUUCUCGCCUCUCUGGCAUUUAUUCCCAGGAACUUUCUAACCUCUGCACUCUAGAACUUUCCUAGACUCACAGCCCAGCCCUCACACUUGAUGUGUGCCUCUGUCUCCUGAGGAUCUUGGAAAAUUGCAGAUCUUGAUCCAGCUGGUCUGGAGUGGGCCCCAGAAUUCUGCAUUUCUGAGAAGUUCCUAAGUGGUGCUGAGAUUACGGGUCUGUGGACCAUACUCCAGUACUUCAUUCUGGUACUUGCUGAAUAUUCUAGAUUUUUCAGAAUAUUCUAGUAUAUUCUAGACCCAUCAGAACAUUCUAGACCAUUCUAGAAUGGUCUAGAACAUUCAAUGAUCUUUUGAACAUUCUAGUAUGUCCUGGAUAUUCUAGAAUGCUAUUAUCCAAAUAUUCUGGAAUCAUCUAGUCACUGUAAGAUUCUCCUGCCAUCCUCAAAUUCUCUCAUCACUGCAGGACUCUCCUCCCUAUUCUCUUUGCCUUUUCCUUCCUCUCUUACUUCUCUUUUUACCUCCAUCCCUGCAGCGACUAUUCAUUUUAUUCAUUCAUCAAACACUGAGCCCAUGCUUAGUCCCAGGAAAGCAGAGGCAAAUCAGACACAGUGCACCUUGUACUGCCCGUGGUGAGCACCCAGCCCAGCCUGGGUGGGGAUGGGGCAGACACUAAUGAAUACUCAAAUUUGAAUCCAGACCCAGAGAACAUGCAGGGCUCUCCUCAGACAGGCCCGUGCUCUGGGCGCUCAGGUGCUUCAUUUUCCCAUGCCCCUGGUGCACAGGGUCCCCAAGUGGGGUGCUUCUCCCUCCACAUGCCACCUUCCUGCUCAGCACCCAUCAUGAAAGCCACCCCAGAGGAGCCUGGGACAGGCCCAGGGUCCUGUGGGAGACAACUCAGGAGUUUGGGAGCACGUGGGGACAAAAGCAGCCCCGGGAUGGAGCCCAGACUCCUAGUGGCCCGCAGGGCUGACUGUGGCCCGCUGGGACUCUGGGCUUCCCCGCCACACCUCUCCCAUCCAUCCACCCCUGGGCUUGCCAGGGCCUUGCUCAGCCUCUCACUAAAGGCGUCUGUCAGGCAUGGGUUCUCGGUGCUGUCAGACAGGACGCCUGUCCCCGGUGCUCUCUGGCCUCCCAGGCCCCUCUCACCAGCCCAGUGCCCCGACUUGCCAGCCUGUCUCAGGGUGCUAAGGCUGGGCAGGCGGCUUCUGCCACGGUGGCCUUUGUGGUGGUGCUGCCCUGACAGAUGCGGUGGGCAGUGGUCCAGGACAGGAGGUGUAGCCUGGGAAUCCUCUGCAGGUCUGUGGGGUGACAUGGGCCGUGCUCAGGUCACUGGGAGGCCUCCCCUAUGCUGCGUUGGUAAGCAAGGUCCUGGGAGAGGUCUCUGCCCUCCUUUCCUGGGCUGUGUGGCCUGGUGGCCACCAGUCUUUCUCUGUCUCCCCGGGGGCCUGGUCCUCAGUCCAGAGAGGGCCACAGCCUCUGGCCAUUGGUGCUUUUGCAGACUCUGGGGCAGAGGUGGCCUUGGGCCACUCUCUGGUGCUCACAGCCAGGGCCACGUGGCAGGGUGAUGGAAACAGCCUGCCACGUGCCACGAAGGCUGGUGCUACGGGCCCCGCUCUGCUGACCACACUCUGUCCUGCUCGUCCCUGUGAUUAAAGGAUGCUGUGUCCCCUCAUGA